AUGGAUGGAGUGUCCGCAGUGUCAUACAGGUUCAACAUAAAUGGGGAUCACUCUAAGUUGAUGAUGGCCAAGAGAGAUGACAUCCUGUUAUUUGCUAGAGGGGACAAGGGAUCUGUUGACCUUAUGAUGCAAACUAUACAAACUUUCUCCAACUCAACAGGACUUGUGGUCGACCCUUCCAAGUGCAAUGUUUAUUUUGGUGUUGUAGAGGAUGAUGCCAAGCAGCUUACUCUCAGUAGUACAGGGUUCAAUGAAGGGAAGUUUCCUUUUAGAAAAUCCAUACUGCUUGCAGAACCUUCAUUUGGACUGGUGGAACCUCCCCCAGAGGAAAAGUCCAGUAGCUUGGAAGAGGAUUUGUAA